GGCUCCGGGGCCGUCUCGCAAACUGCGGCGGCCGCGGGAGAGGCGUCCACGGCGGCGGCGCGGCGGAGCGGGCGGCCGAGCAGGGCGGCGGCGACUGGCAAGGUACCACCGUCUUCAGGACAGAGGAGCUGCGGGACUCCAGGAGGUGACGACCCUGACUCCGGGAGCUGGACUUGCCUCAGCCAGACAGUGGCUCAGCUGGUUCGUCUCAUCAGCCUGGAUUGGUGAAACUGAACCAUAAGAGAUAUUUCCAGGUUUGCUGGGAUGGGAAACCUGCUCAAAGUUCUUACCAGAGAAAUUGAAAAUUAUCCACAUUUUUUCCUGGAUUUUGAAAAUGCCCAGCCUACAGAAGGAGAGAGAGAAAUCUGGAACCAGAUCAGCGCUGUCCUUCAGGACUCGGAGAGCAUCCUCGCAGAUCUGCAGGCUUACAAAGGCGCAGGGCCUGAGAUCCGAGAGGCCAUUCAAAAUCCCAACGAUAUUCAACUUCAAGAAAAAGCUUGGAAUGCCGUGUGCCCUCUCGUUGUGAGGCUAAAGAGAUUUUACGAGUUUUCCAUAAGACUAGAAAAAGCUCUUCAGAGUUUACUGGAAUCUCUGACCUGUCCACCCUACACGCCAACCCAACACCUGGAACGGGAGCAGGCCCUGGCAAAGGAGUUUGCAGAAAUUUUACAUUUUACCCUGCGAUUCGAUGAGCUGAAGAUGAGGAACCCAGCUAUUCAGAAUGACUUCAGCUACUACAGAAGAACGAUCAGUCGUAACCGCAUCAACAACAUGCAUCUAGACAUUGAGAACGAAGUCAAUAAUGAGAUGGCCAAUCGUAUGUCCCUCUUUUACGCAGAAGCCACCCCGAUGCUGAAAACCCUUAGCAAUGCCACAAUGCACUUUGUCUCUGAAAACAAAACCCUGCCAAUAGAGAAUACCACAGACUGCCUCAGCACCAUGACGAGUGUCUGUAAAGUCAUGCUGGAAACUCCGGAGUACAGGAGCAGGUUCACAAGUGAGGAGACGCUAAUGUUCUGCAUGCGAGUGAUGGUGGGGGUCAUCAUCCUCUACGACCACGUCCACCCUGUCGGAGCUUUCUGCAAGACCUCCAAGAUCGACAUGAAAGGCUGCAUAAAAGUUUUGAAGGAACAGGCCCCAGACAGUGUGGAGGGGCUGCUGAAUGCCCUCAGGUUCACUACAAAGCACUUGAAUGAUGAAUCGACUUCCAAACAGAUUCGAGCAAUGCUUCAGUAGAGCUCUGCUCACAGAGGAGGAUCUAUGUGCUGACCUCAGAAGAUGUAUAUGUUUACAUAAUUUAAUACAGAUUGAUGUUAAUACUUGCGUAUUUACAUAACUGUUUCCUUCUUGUCACUGAAAUAUAUGGACCUUAAUCUGUAUCCUGACUGACUCAACCCAGCAGAGCAUAAAUUGACUUGAGAGCCUUACCUUUGAUGUCUGAAAGGAAACCCUCUUCUCUAAAGGCAAAAUUUGGAGACUUUGAUCUUUGCUACUGGAGUCCUUUAAUGACACCCAUAACAAUCAGAAAUUCCUAAUAGUUUGUGGUAGUGUUUUAAUUCUAGAUGUGUUAUCUCUCUGGGAAGAAUAGUUUAUAGAAACACAAAAUAUUUGAUUUCCUGUGUUGGCUCAGCUACAAGAAACACAACUGUUAUCCUGACAGAGGGAGAAAGGAAUCCAAGAACUGAAAAAUGCAUGUAGAGAGGCAAACCCAAGUGUUUUGAAUUCAGCACACACCCUCUCUGUCCUCAGAUUGCAAACUGCACGUGCAACUUUUCUGUGUGCACAUGUUUUAUUAAUCAGUAUAUUCCCUUUCCAUCUGGAUUUAUAUCCCUCUAACAUUCCUUUUUAAUUUUGCAAGAGGAAAAUCACCUUUAUUUUAAUCAGUUUAUGGGGGAACAGCAGGAGUAGAUAGGUUUGCUAUUGCAGCCGGACUGAUGAAGGUGUUGCCUUGGAGGUGGGGGACAGCUGGGAGGAGGCACAACCAGGAAACAGCACAGCCGUGCCUCUCUGCUUUAGUCCUCUGCUUAAAGGACAGGGAAAUCGAGCUCUGGCUUUGAAAUCAUGGGUAAGUUCACCAACUUUUCAGGAGCCUACACAGCGCUGCAUGUACGGCCCCUCCUACCAGGAGCCCUGCUCUCUGGAAUUCAUUCAAUGGAAACAGAGGUUUGGGGCACCUCAUUAGUUACCAGAAAAUGGGGGUGAUUGGGAGGGAAAGUCCAUGUUUUCUGGUUCCCUGUAUUUAAAAGGCAGCUUUUCCCUGACCCAUUACUAGAUUGUUGCACUAUAAAAGCUCUGAUCUGAAUCCUUCGAUUUAGUACUCUCUGAGUCUCAGCUUCCUUGUCUAUAAAACAGGCAAGUAACACAGACAAUCUUCAAACAAUCCAGUAAGGUUAGGAGCCAAUGAAAUGACUGACUCCACCCUUCUUCCUUAGUAAGCACAGGGUGGAUGUAAAGUUCACGUGCAAUUUAAAACAGUGUAACAUAGUAAAUUGCACCUGAACUUUAUGGACACCCCAUAUAGUCCAGUAAGCACUCCCCUACCCUGUCUUGUUGAUUAACAGUAAAACAAGAUGUGCAGUAAUUCUGAGUGUAAAUCAAAGCUUAGAAUAGAAUCUUGAAAAUGUUCUAUUCUGACCUCCUGUGGAAAAUUGAGACUCAGAGGAUGUGGUCACGUAGGACGGCUCCCUGUGGGACUAGAACCCGAAUGUUUCACCCUUAACCCCAUGCAUGCUCUUCCUUCUUUACCAUGUGGCCUGUGAACACAUGCUGUGGGUUGGGACUUGAUCUUGAAUCUGCAGUUGGUCUACGUUAUUACCUGCCUGUUUUCACUAGAAGGAAAGCAUCACACAGGCAAUUAGUAAAUGAUAAUCCUGGAAGUUGGAACCAGGAACAUCAUUUGCAUCAUCCCGAAGCAUGAGCUAUAAGAUACGAUUGUUUUCUAGACUUCAGUGGCCAGCAUCAAUUCCCUGUGGUCCUUCAAGGAAACAAAUAGUUGAGUUUUUUAAACAAAGAAAUGUAUUCAAGUGGCAGGAAAGAUUCCCUGUGUCAAAGCAUCAGUCAACAAAGAGGGGAAAGGAAAUUCUCCUUGGCGAUUUUCAAGCUCAACAGCAGAGCUGCUUGGAUGGAGGUUCUCAUCAGAACAGGAUUAUGCUAGGUGUCCUUCAGGACCUCUGCAAACCCCGGGAUUCCAAUACCCUAGAGCAGUGGUUCUCAACCUUCCCAAUCCUCCUAAUGCCUCCUAACGCCGUGACCCUUUAAUAUAGUUCCUCAUGUUGUGGUGUCCCCCAACCAUAAAAUUAUUUUUGUUGCUACUUCAUAACUGUGAUUUUGCUACUGUUAUGAAUCCUAAUGUAAAUAUCUGAUAUGCAGGGUGUAUUUCAUUGUUACAAAGGGGUCGCGACCCACAGGUUGAGAACCGCAGCCUAGAGGGACCUAGAAGAGGUGGUGGUGCCAGGUGAGCGGUUAUCAAAUAUUCAGCUUAAGAAAUGGUCUAUGUGUACUUGGCAGCUACAGGUUUUGCUUGAACAAUGAUUGUCAAGACAAGAAAUAGAGAAGCACACGAUGUUUGUUGUUAUUGGUUUCAUUUCCCUCCUUAGCAGUGACCACAUUAAGGCUUGAAGAGAGGAAGGGCUUGUCAACCAGCACAGGGCUUUUAAGGCUCAAGUCUUGUGUCUGUACCGGAGCUGCCUCUCAGCUGACUAAGUGAGAAAAUGUUAGGGAUAAUCGGUCAUAUUAUAUUAAUAUUUAUCUCAGAGUAAAUAGUUAAGCACAUUUAUAAUUUUAAAUUAGACAUUCUAUCCAAUAGGACCAAACAUCCAGGAGGGCCCGCUGGCCUACCUCAGUGUCAUCAGGCCACCUUGUCUCAAGGCCAAGACGUAGCAGUACAUGGAUUCUGAAAAGCCCAAGGUUGAAAUUGUUGCCUCUGAUUAUUGAGAGGACAAGUUAACUGAAUGUCUAUGAUCACUAGCAGGUGAUGGACCUUGGGUCCACUCCAGAACUAUGGUGGGAGACAAAUUCUUUUAACACAAUGUCCACCAGGCACCAGGAGUCCUUAAACAAUCACGGUUGUUUUUUCUUGUGCUGCAUGCACCAUGUGUCCAAGACUUACCGGUGGUUUAGGGGAAAGUGCUAGCGACAGUGUCAAUGUCAGUGUUAACUAUAUUUCAUAUUUGAGGUCUGAUAGUUUUUAAAUAAACAGUGUUUUCCAUGA